AUGGCCGUGAAGUGGACCCCGGCUCGCGACCAGAAUCUCCUGCUCCUGAUCAUCGCGGACGUCAAAGUCGACUUCGGUCAGCUCGCGACUAAGUGGAAGCAGGCCUUUCCAGAUGAGGACUUCCAUCCUACCGCCAAAGCCGUGUCGGAGCAUGUUGCUGCCUUGAAGCGCAAGAUCGGUGGCAGCUCUGGCAGGAGUGCCGUGGCCGUCUCUACCCCAAAAAGCAAGCCCAGAGUCCCGAAUGGUCCGCAAAAGACUCCAGUCAGCAAGGGAAAGCGGGCACGCUCCGAAAUGAUGUCGGCCGACGAUGACUCUGAGGCGGAGAAGGCGAUCGACUUCGACACACCCCUUCCAAAGCGCACCACCCCAAGCCGCCGCAGUGCUAUCAAGAAGUACACCAAGGAAGUCAGUGACUCGGAGGACGACAAUAUGGUCGUCAAGGCAGCCAUCGCAUCGCCGAACACUGACGGCCCCGUCCACACGCCGGGCAACAUUAUCAGUCCUCGCCCCAGCAUCGCUCGUUCGAAAUCCAACCGGCCCAAUCUUGGCUACUUCAAGGAGAGCGACGUCGACGCAGAGGAUGAGGAAGACCUCUCCGAUUUCACGCCCUUUACUUGA